UUUCUCAUUGCAGUGGGAGGGUGGUUACGGCAGCCCAGCCUUGGUGGUGCUGAGAAGAUUUGUAUCUCCUGCCCUCGUGUGCUCCAAGGUUUAAUGACUCACACAGACAACUUGCACUGAUGCUGACAUGCACAGGAAAGUCCCUUUAUAAAGAAAGCGAUCUUGCCAAAAGAAAACGUGGAACAAGUGCUCUUGUGGCUGUGCUUGCUACCUCCUAGAGCUUAAUUCCAUUCUUUUAUUCCUGGGGGGUUCAUUUUGUAUUUGCCAUGCAUACAUGCAAACUGCAGAUGCAGAAUUGUGCCUGUGUGUCUUCAGUGGAAGCUUUGUCCUGAUCAGAGGAUUCCUCACAUGAAUGUUGCGCACUGUUCUGGCACACACUGCUUCCUGUGGUAGGUCUGUCACUCUGGUACUCCAGUGAAAGCACCUGCAGUCAUUCUUUAUCCUUAAAUGGUGAAAAACAAUUUUAAUCUUUGUGAUCUGAUAUUUUCUGUAAGUACUGAACUGGAUUCCCAAGAUCUCAUGUAAAAUGGAAAGAACAGCAUUGGAUGAAGGACCAGAAACCAGGUCUUUCAGGUUAGGUUUCUCUUUCUCACCUUGGCCCAGGAAAUCUGAAUUUCUGUUUGGGAAAGUGUUGUCAGGCAGGAGCAGAUUCCCCAUCCCCACAAAGGGCAAGGACAGAGGACUCAGACCUGCAGCUCCCACCUCUGGGUCUGCCGUGUGCACACCUGCUGAGUGCGCUCCCAGUGCCUGCUCUGUUCUGAGUGAAGGCCCCAUUUUGUGCCAAGCUGUCUGCAUGCUGUACUGUACUGAGCACCUGGGUUGUGCAGAGCUGGAGCUGACACAUCUCACUGCUUGAAAAGAGCGCGGCCAUGGGUGUGCUUCUGGGAACUGCAGAGUGCCCAGUGGUUGUCGAGCUCAGUGACACAUUUCUUGGAUAACUGUGUGCUGAUGAUUUGAGAAAACCAUGUGUGUGUUGAAAUAUACUGGAAUGGUUAAGAGGUGAAUUGUGUACUUGAAAAAAAGUCAGCACAGUUGGGGAUGUAGCAUGGAUGCUUCUGCCUCUCACAGACCUCUGACACUGGCUCCUUUCUGUAGGAAGCCCAGCAAAGAGGGGAGUGUGAGUCACUGGUGAGAGUAAGAUCUGUUGAGGCAAGUUCUGUUUUCUCAUUGUUUUGAAGGGUCUGAGGGAAACAGAGGAGUGUCUUAGAGCUGCCAUCCUGUGUGAGCAGUAGGUCUGUGCUCAGCCGUGCGCUGUAGGCAGGGUCAGCACAGUGCAAGUGUAAAUGCUGUCUGGUCCUGAGCACAGAGCUGACACAGGCUUUUUGCUUCUCCUAGCUCUUAAACCAGAAGCUUUCUCCAUUUCUACUUUCAAGGAAAUUUCUCUGGGAAGGGAAGAAGGCUGGUGAGCUGCAUGGCACCAUCCUUAGAGACUGUGACAAGUGCUGUGGUUAUUUCAGAGCUGGGGCAUGCUGUCUGCAAACCAGCUGCUGCUGGGGUGCAGUAGUCACACAGGUAUAAAGCGUGUGCUGCACACAAGUUCUGAAGGCCUGUCCUUCCCUCUGCAGAGCUCUGCUGUAGUGCUCUCUCUCUCAAUAAAGUUAUGGGAACUUAAUUACCUUUGAGACUCUUGUUUGUUUUUGGAGUUGGUGGCAGCUGGUAGAGGUGGUGAGGUGUGAGGGGCCGUGUUGUGCCAACACGAGCACUCCUUCACAGCACACACUGAGUGCAUUGCCUCUGAAAAGAAAGCAGUGUACUUGAACAAAUAGUCUGGGCUCCAUGUGGUACGUGGCACAGAUGCAGUGACUCAUAUGACAUAUCUGUUUUCUUUCAGAUUGUGCCAAGGAAUAAGCCAGCUUUUUGUAUCCUAGCAUGGCAAAUGAAGAAGAUGAUCCAAUUAUACAAGAGAUCGAUGUGUUCCUGGCCAGAAGUCUGCUGGAGAAGUUGUAUCUGUUUCAGUAUCCAAUUCGUCCAGCUUCCAUGACAUAUGAUGAUGUUACACAUUUAUCAGCGAAGAUAAAACCAAAGCAGCAAAAGGUUGAACUGGAAAUGGCCAUUGACACUUUGAAUCCAAACUACUGUCGCAGCAAAGGAGAACAGAUUGCUCUCAAUGUAGAUGGCACUUGUACAGAUGAAACAAGUACCUAUUCCUCGAAGCUGAUGGACAAACAAACUUUCUGCUCUUCACAAGCUGCAAGUAAUGUUUCCCGCUAUGCAGCUGCUGUUUAUAGAAAAGGUGAACUUCACCUGACUCCGCUGCACGGAAUUCUUCAGCUGAGGCCAAGUUUCACCUACUUGGACAAAGCUGAUGCAAAACACCGCGAAAGAGAAGCUGCUAAUGAAGGUGGUGAUUCAUCCCAGGAUGAAGCUGAAGAUGACGUUAAGCAAAUUACUGUACGGUUUUCCCGCCCUGAGACUGAGCAAGCUCGUCAAAGACGUGUUCAGUCUUACGAAUUCCUGCAGAAGAGACAAGCAGAAGAGCACUGGGUUCAUCUCCAUUAUUAUGGCUUGAAGGACAGCCGUUCAGAACAUGAGCGCCAGUAUUUAUUCAGCCAAGGUCACGGCCUUGCUGAGAAUACAGAAUUAAUAAAAUCUCCCAGUGAAUAUUUAAUGAUGCUGAUGCCUCCAAGCGUAGAGGAAGAGAAUAGCAAACCAGUGGCUCCAAGCAAUGUGCUUUCUAUGGCCCAGCUGAGAACUUUACCCCUUGCUGAUCAGAUCAAGAUCCUGAUGAAGAACGUGAAGGUGAUGCCAUUUGCAAACCUGAUGAGUUUGCUGGGCUCUGGGACAGAUUCUACAGCAGUUCUCCGCUGCAUACAGCAGGUGGCGAUGCUGGUCCAGGGAAACUGGGUGGUGAAGAGCGAUGUGCUCUACCCUAAAGACACUUCCAGUCCACAUAGUGGAGUCCCUGCAGAAGUGCUUUGUAGAGGGAGAGACUUUGUUAUGUGGAAGUUCACACAGGACCGCUGGGUUGUACGAAAGGAGGUGGCAGCAGUUACAAAACUUUGCCCUGAAGAUGUGAAAGACUUCCUAGAGCACAUGUCUGUGGCAAGAAUAAACAAAGGUUGGGAGUUCAUGCUCCCUUAUGAUGAAGACUUUGUUAAGAAGCAUCCAGAUAUAGUUCAGAGGCAACGUAUGCUGUGGAUGGGCAUUCAGGCCAAAUUAGAAAAAGUCUAUAAUCUUGUAAAGGAACACUUGACACCAAAGAAGCAAGAGUCACAAUCAGGCCAUCCAUUGCUGGUUUCUGGGGAGCAAAGAGUCAACAUGGCAAAAGCGAAAGUCAAGCAGAACUAUGGGCAGCUAGAGAAGGAGUUCCAGAAGCAAAAGGCAGAACUGAAAUCAAGUGACACUUCAUCCAAGAUAGAUGUUUCUAAUAUCCACAUUAAAGAGGAGCCUGUGAGUGACGAGGAGCCCAUGGACACCUCAGUGUAUGAAGGCCUGAACAACGGCAUUGUCAAUGGCCUCCACAUGGAGGAGGACUCCACAGACUCCUUAAAUGGCCACUUGCCUGGAGGCUGCAGCGAUCGGGUAGCCCAAGAACUGAAGGCAUUUGUGUCCUCAACGUUUAGGAAACAAUUUGUGCUCACCUUGAGUGAGCUUAAACGGUUGUUUAACCUUCAUUUAGCCAGUCUGCCUCCAGGACACAUAUUGUUCAGUGGCAUUUCAGACAAAAUGUUACAGGACAUGGUGUUAGACAUUGGCUGCAAACAGAUUUUGGUGCCUUUUCCUCCACAGACUGCUGCUUCACCAGAUGAGCUAAAGGUUUAUGCACUUUGGGAAGCCGGUGACAUUUAUGAUCAGCAUCGCCAAGUUUUGCUUGAAAUUUUUUCGAAAAAUUAUCGAGUGCGCAGAAAUGUCAUUCAGAAUCAGCUGAGUCAAGACCUCAACAAGCAGGAGGUGGAUAGAGUGCUAAAGGACUGCUGUGUGAGCUAUGGUGGAAUGUGGUAUCUUAAAGGGACUGUGCAGUCUUGACGGCAGCUGUGGCGGUUUCUGUGCUUCAGAUGCUCUCCUGGAUGAAAGAGGAAACCUGCGGUGGGCGGCACAGACAGUAACGCUGUGGCCUCAGGAGUGUGGGGCAGGAGCUGACCUACUUUGGGGCAUGUGGCAUUGCAGACAGUCACUGACAUCACAGCACACUCACACAUAUGUUUGCAUGGCCGCCUGGGUGCAGCGAGCAACUAGGAAGACAACACGGGACCCUGUCUGCAGUUUGAUUAAUCUGGGAUUUCUAAUGUAUUUUGCUUCUCCUUCUCUUUCCUUAUAAUAAAAUAAAACCAUAUACUGACACAGACAUGAUGGAAAAUCAUGGUCUAAUAUUUUAUUUUGUAAGUAAGUGAUGCCAAUAAAUUAAAUUUGUUUACAAACAUCCCAGGUUCUGUUAAAUACCUAGAUGCUCAGGCAUUAGUCUGAGCAUUACAACAGCCCUUGCCGCCUUUACAACAAGGGUAGUGAUGUUCAUGGGCACAUCAGGUCAGGGAGGGGGGGAUACAAAAUCACUGUCUUUAAACAUCGUAUGACAUAGCAACUGUUCUCACCUGGUGUCUGUAAAAUGAACUGUCUGAAAAAGUACUUACACUUGAAAUAGAUGUGAAACAACUACUGGAUGUCUUAUUGAUGUGGGUUUUGGUUGAUGGAGUUUUGCCUUACUGUGUGCAAAGGUAAGUGCACCAUGUGCAAGACAUCCAGCUGCAGUUAUCACACUUGGCAACAAUGUAAAACCUCUAUUUUGUGUAACUUUUUUAAAAAUAAAAUUUUAUCUUGAAGGUCA